AUGCAGUAUAAGAACUUAGAUCAGCUUGGCCUGCGUUUCUGUGCAUGGAUGAGUGUUUGCCUCUCCUUUUCCCUUGGAUUGCCUCCACAGCACCGCGGGUGGCUGCAGCUGUGGAAGGAAGGUGAUGGUUGUGGGGAGUGUAACAAGCAUCUCUGUCCCUUGGUCUCGGAUGUCUGCCUUGCCGGUCUGGUGCCAGAUGCCUGUGGAUGCUGUGAACAGUGCGCUAACGUAGAGGGGCAGCAGUGUGACCCAGAUGGAGCUCAGAUGUUCUAUGGCAGCUGUGGAGACGGCCUGGUCUGUCAGAAGAGAACGAUAAGGACGGCACACCUGGAUGAGCCAGAGCCUACCUGUGUAUGUAAGGAAAAGGGCCCUGUAUGUGGUUCAGACGGAUGGACUUACUCAAAUGUUUGUCAGAUGAAAGAGACCACCAACCGUCUUAACAUGACCCUAAAACUUGUGGGAAGAGGACCCUGCCUCUCAGGUUGCAAUGCUCUUUCAAUUGCAGUCAGUAUUUUGAAGAUUUUACUGCAUGUGUGAAGCUGUUUGGAUUGGAAUUAAGAAGAAUAAAGCUUUGGGGUAUCCCUUUUCUUAUUCCACAGCUCCCCACAUCCUCCAGGGCCCCAGAGACCUUUCAAACUACACAGGGAGUGAUGCUGUGUUCAGGUGUGAGGUUUCAGCUUACCCUCUUCCAAACUUAAGCUGGAAGAAGAAAGGACAUGAAAACUACUUGCCAGGAGACGAUCCUCACGUCUCUGUCCAGGUUUGACAAGAACCUCCUUAAUAUACUGCACAUCAGUCCAAGUCCCAUUUAAAGUAUAUGCAUUAAAUGAAAAGUGUCAUUUUGGUCUGUAUUUUUUCAAUGUAAGAAGGCUUUUGUUCUUAUUUAUAAUGGAUUAAGGUAUUAUUAAAGUGAUUCACUGACUUUAUACAUGACCUGCAGCUGAUGACUACCAUCAAGGAAGUUGUAUUUUUGCUGCUCUUACAUUUUCUGUCAGGAUUGUGAAAAAAACACUUAACAGAUUUAAUAAACUUGAUAAAGAGUUUUUAGAAAACCCAGUGACAAAGUAUUUACUGUUUUAAACCCUUGAGACCUCCAGCUGUGUAAAAGUGACAGUGUUUCUUCCAAACUGGAAGUACAUGACGUAUGUUGUCCUAUAUUCCUAGGUGGUAUUUAUAUUUUUAAUGCAAUAAAUUGGCACUAAUUACAUUGGUAUAAUAAUGCCAGGUAGCCACAAACAUAUGAUAAAACACUACCCAACAAAGGGCUUGUUCUAACAGUACUAACGGGACUUUUAUCACAGCUGAGACAGCGACAGUGGUAACAACAUGAGCGUACUUUUUAAAACCCCCACACAGGAAAAUAUUCUUGGUUAAUCAGUCACUUUUAAAGAAUUGUGCUCUGACUUGAUGCUCAUCUGCAAAAAAAAACAACAAAAAAAAAAACAAAGCAGUUCCAUAAUCUAAUCCGUACACCUGCUAAACGGUGAUUAUUAGAGCAUGCAGUAGUGGUGCUAGAGUAUAAACAAGACAGAGAUAUUAUUUGUAUGAGUUCAAUGUAUUAUAUAUUAAUCCUUAAUGAAGAAGAAGCAGAAGAAGAAGAAGGAGGAGAGGAACUUUAUUGAUCCCUGAGGGAAAAUUCAAUUAUGGUUACUUAAGUUUCAUUUGUCUGAGGUCCAGUAUAUAUUUUUCUUACCUUUGACUGAAUGUGAUUGAAUAUGCUGAGAUUAAUGUGUUUUGUCAGACUCGAGGGGGGCCUCAGCGCUACACAGUCUCCACCUGGCUUCAGAUACUGGGUCUCCAUGUCUCUGAUGGAGGGAUCUACUCUUGUAUCUCCCACAAUGCCUUGGGAGAAAAGUCUGCAUCAGCAAAGCUCACAGUGUUGAAGGAGGGUGAGUCUCUGAUCCCCAUACUGCAGACCAUACACUUGAUUUUUGUGUCAGUAAAGCUCUGAAGAAUGAAAAACUGAAUUAUAUAUUUAUUGAUUGACUUAUUUCAAAGACAGCAGUAUUCUGUCUUAAACUCUGUGUUUGUGUGUUCUGCAGUGGUGGAGAUUAUGAACGACCAUGUUGGGGACAAUUCGGAGCACUUUGAUAAUGUGAAAGAAGACAGUGGUGAUGGACAAGUGGCAACAGAAAACCAUGCUUGAUUCAUUUGAGACAUUUUAUAUAGCCUAAUAAUAGAGUAAAGGUUUAAGCUGCUUCAGUCGCUGUUUCACUGCAUACUGACUGACUCUUCUUGUUAUUUUGAAGCCUUUCUUUUGACCUCUUUGUUGUUAAACAUCACAGAUGUCUUUAUUUACUCUCCUACUCUGCAACUGCAUACAAAUUAAUAACAACUCCUAUUAGCUGAAAAGAAUGUACAGUAUACUGUGUGAAAAAUAAUCA